AUGCAAUUAAAUAAAGAUAUUUUAUUAGUUUCAAUAAUUUCACUAUUUAGUGGUGUUUUACUUGGUUAUUUCCAAGCAAAAUGUUUUAAACGUUCAACAAUUACAAAAAAUAAAGAAGAAGUAGAACAAAUUAAAGAAAUUGAAAAUAAUAAUCAAAAAGAAAAAGAAAAAGAAGAAAAAGAGGGUGAUGAUGAUGAUGAUGAUGAUGAUGAAAGUGAAUCAAUAGAUGGUGAUUAUGAUGAAAAUGAUGAUUAUGAAAUUGAAUAUGAUGAAGAAAUUGGUGAUUGUAAACAAGUACUUGUAAUUAGAACUGAUUUAGGUAUGACCAAAGGUAAAAUUAUAGCUCAAUGUUGUCAUGCAUCAUUGGGUGCUCGUCAAAAAGCAUUAAAAGAUUCUAAAAAAGUUUUAAGACAAUGGGAAAAUUUUGGUUGUGCUAAAAUAACUUUAAAAGCAAAUAGUAAAGAAGAAUUGGUUGAUUUAAGAAAUAAAGCAAAAGAACUUGGUGUUGUAAGUUAUUUAGUUUUAGAUUCUGGCCAUACACAAAUUCCAAGUGGUUCUGCAACUGUACUCGCUGUUGGUCCAGCACCAAAAGAAGCAGUUGAUGCUGUCACUAAACACUUAAAAUUAUAUUAA